AGGCUACCUCCGGAUAUGUACACCUCAACAGUACAUUCUUGGGCUAGAUCUGUACCUAAAUGAUGCUGCAGCAGUUGUUGCAGGCUAUCUUUGCGCGUUUGAUUGUGGCUUCGACUCUUAACGAAGCUAGUUUAAUUACACCCACCACUCCAUAUCAAAUACGUUGAUUUAAUCAGGCUGUUCAUUUUCAUCAAAAGCCAAGUAUGUUGAAUAAAAUGUUAAUUUGAACUUACUAUCAUUUAAUACGCCUGUCCAGAUGCAGGUGUUGAAUUGGAAUUUAGAAAUUGCUCCAUUACUAUUUUUUUUAAUGAAGUAAUUUAACGAUGUGCACACCGCCAGCUUCUCUAUUUCAAAACACCCACCUGGUUCAUUGUUUGAGACCGGUAUACAGGAAUUUCGCACUAGAGCUUCCAGGAUCCAGUGUCGCCCAGCCGCGAUCACUAAGUGGUUGGGUUCUGUCCUGGGCCAGUGUACCUCCCCUGACCUCUCGGUGUGGUCCUCUCACAUCACAGGCAGAGGGGGCAGGAGUGUUCCAGCAACUCCCCUGGCACCACCAGCAGGUUCGCACAAGGAAGCGGGGCACAGAGUACCAGCCCAAGAAUAUAAAGCGGAAGCGGACCCACGGCUGGAUCAAGAGGAUCAGCACACAGGGUGGCAUCGAGGUGAUUCUCCGUAGGAUGCUAAAAGGACGGAAAUCCCUCUCGCACUAACCACCCAAUGGACUAUUUUGUCAGUAAACUUAUCGAAGUUGUGAUGCAAAGGUGCCCAGGUUUUACUACCAUGUGGAAGAUGCCCCAAAAGAUAGGCACGAAACAUGGCAAUGCCUUCCAAUUAUGUAGGCAACACCAUGCACAUUUACAUUAAAACAUUCCAAACAAGUAAGAAUGUUGAAUAAACUUAAUUGAACUUACUCUGUUGAUUGUCUAUUGUGUUGGUAGAAAUUUUAGACAACAUAUCCACAGGAAAGUAUUAUUAACCUGACUUUGAAACGUCAGUCUGUGUGUAGCAAUCAAGAUUUGUUUGCUCAUGACCAAAGGCACAUGCACAAGAUGGAAGUACAUCCACGUGAUGCAUGCAUGUAACCAACGUCUACAUGGUUUUUCGCAUAUUCCAGGAGAUAUACAUUUCAACGGCAGUACCUGCGCUCUAAAAAGUGGGGUAAACAACUUUCCUUUGUAUAUUUUGUCAAAAAUGUUGAGUGGCUGAAGCACCAACCACACAGACAACCAGUAGAAUAAAUUCAGAUGUCAUUUUAUUCAACAUUCUGGCUUGUAAGGAAAACUUGAUGAUUUCACAUAAAAGUCUGAUUUAUUAGGCACCUGCAGACUUGUUGGUACAUUUUUGUGUAGAGCUGGAUGUCUUGAGUUAUUGGAUAUGUGAAGGCAGCAGUCAGUGUGGCGGUCAGUGUUAUUUAAGAUUAGGGAGGAAGCAAAACAUUAAUGAGCGUGGCCUUAUUUCUAUUACUGUUGGAUGACUCAUUCAUAUUCCAUUCACCCAGUUCAGUGAAACAGCGAUAGCUUUAGGCUAAACAUCAUGAGGUUGCACAACCUAGCCUAUGAAUGAAAGUUUACAAUGUAGGUGCACACAGGUCGAGAGAAAAAUUUGACGUGACAGUGACACACCUUGCACACUCUUGCCUGCAUCUAGCCGAUAUAGGGUGUAGUCAUUAGUCCAACAGUUUCAAACGAGUUUCUAAUGAACAAAUUCAGUUAUGUUUAUCCCCUUUCCGUUUUUCAACAGAAUAAAUACACCCUGAUCACACGUAAACACAGUUCACUUUCAUAGCAGCCACGUUGUAUUCGUUCUCUCAUCUAUACACUCUCCUCUCACCUUUUCCCUUCACAUCAGCCAAAAAAAACCUUUCCAAACCAAACCAUAUAACCACUACACACAGCCUACAUCUUUGUCACCAUAUUAGCUAAAGUAACAUCAUAGUCAAAAUAGCUAAUAGAACUAACACAUUAGUAAACCCGCUACAAUCAUUCAGUAAUGUUACAGUGUAACAGGAAAAGGUAAGCAGUCUAGCACUUACACUGGCGGGCCACGGUGGCAAUAAAUUAGUCAAACCAAAAGCUUAUCUUGACUUUGAAGAGUUGUGUUGGAUAGUCAUAGCCAGCUAGCUAACGUAGCAUCCCACUGUUUGAGUAGGCUAAACUAGCUAGCAGCAUUUUCUAGCUAAGUAAGUGAAAUUGAAAGUGAAAACAAUUGACAAUCUCUCUCUUGCUUCUUCAUUUUGGAAGAAAUACAUUGUUCAAAAUGGUUUAACUAUUGUCUUUCUCUGUCUUUGAGUCAACUACUCACCACGUUAUGCACUGCAGUGCUAGCUAGCUGUAGCUUAUGAUUUCAGUACUAGAUUUAUUCCCUGAUCCUUUGAUUGGGUGAACAACAUGUCAGUUCAUGCUGCAAGAGCUCUGAUAGGUUGGAGGAAGUCCUCCAGAGGUUGUCGUAAUUACUGUGUAAGUCUAUGGAAAGGGGUGAGAACCAUGAGCCUCGUAGGUUUUGUAUUGGAGUCAGUGUACCCAGAGGAAGAUGGAAGCUAGCUGUCCUCCGGCUAGACCGUGGUGCUAUCCUACAGAUUGUUGUUGAGGCUACUGUAGACCUUCAUUGCGAAACAGUAUGUUUUAAUAAAUUAUUUGGUGAGGUGAAAAUAUUUAGUAUUUUAUCAAAAAAGCAUAACUUUUUAUAUGUUUUACAGUUUUUAUUUUAAUGAAUUUCACUGAGGAGGAUGGUCCUUCCCUUCAUCCUAUGAGUAGCCUCUACUGGAAGGAAGAUGAAUUUGCAGAUGUAUUUGACCAUGAAAUGGAUUCUCAAUGUCUUGCUCAUCUAUUUCAGACUCAAUCUUGGAUAGGCUUGGUAGGUUGGUGCAGUAAGUCAAUUUAGCUUAAAUGGCUUAGGGAAUCAACUGUGACAAAAGUCGUUUUACUUAUGCACCUGUCAACAUGCAGUGGUGCGGUUGAACUAGUUCCUGAAUUUGAAUAUUGGACUUUUAAUAUGUAAGUGCUGGGAUAUAAGCAUCUGUGCUGCUUGUGUAAGCUAUUUAGUUGCUGCGAAAAUAAACACAUCUUCGGAUCUUCAUACCAUGCUGAUA